AUGUACGCUUGUCUGAGAGCACGGGGUGAUGAGCAGCUGUCCUCUUCAGUGUCUUUGCACAUCACAGUCCUUGACAUCAAUGAUAACGUGCCCACCCUGUCACAAGACUAUCAGCCCUAUGUGUGUGAGGACACACAGGCAGGAGAGCUAAUAGAGUUGAUCAGUGCCACUGAUGCAGAUGAUCCUGUAGAUGGCCAUCAUUUCUAUUUCUCCAUGAUCCCAGACAAACACAUCAACCCCAACUUCACCAUCAGAGACAACCAAGAUAACACAGCUAGCAUUCUGGCACGGCGGAGCACCUUUACCCAACAUGAUCGCACACACUACCAUCUUCCUGUGGUGAUCAGAGACAGCGGUUCCCUCAUUCAGUCCAGUACCACCACUCUUACCAUCAGAGUGUGUGUGUGUCAGCCUACAGGUCACUGCCCAUCGGGUGGCAUGGAAAUCUCUCUGGAUGUCAGCAUGCAGAUUUUACUUGGCCUGUCUGUUUGCCUCAUCAUACUUACAGCAGAGCUCUUAUGUUAAUGAGGGAAUAUUCUCUACACUCCAAACAGGCAAGUAUGACAGAAUCCAGGACAAUCUAAUAAGCUCUCAUAAUCAUUAUACUGAUAAACCAGUGU